AUGAAACGUGACCUUUACUGCAAGAUUGUGCAAGCGAUUGAGGAGCAUGACCCGUGGUUCCAGCAAAGGAGGAACGCUGCAAGCGAGCUGGGGCUGUCCUCCUUGCAAAAAGUUACUGCGGCAUUCCGUAUGCUAGCGUACGAUGCUCCUGCAGAUUCUCUGAAUGAGUGCCUCCGGCUAGGGGAGAGCACCAUCAUUGAGAGCAUGAGGCAGUUUGUACGUGCUAUCGUCGAGGUGUUCGGCGAUGAGUACCUCCGUGCUCCGAACGAGGAGGACACUGCUCGCUCGCUUGAUAUGAACCAGCGAAGAGGGUUCCCUGGGAUGCUGGGAAGCAUUGACUGCGUGCAUUGGAAGUGGAAGAACUGUCCGACGGCGUGGUCGGGUUCUCUAAACGACAUCAACGUGCUGCACCGUUCACACCUCCUCGACAAUCUUGCCGUCGGCGAGGCACCCAAGGUACAAUACUCCAUUAAUGGACACCAUUACACCAUGGGUUAUUACCUUGCAGACGACAUCUAUCCGGAGUGGGCUACGUUCGUGAAGCCCAUACAAUCUCCUGUUGGGAGGAAGCGGCAACACUUCGUGGUUCAACAGGCGGUAGCACAAAAGGAUGUCGAAUGGGCCUUCGAAGUCUUGCAGUCCCGAUUUCCCAUAGUUCAGGGAGCAGCGAGGUUCUGGGAUCAGGAGACCCUUAAUGACAUCAUGACCGCCUGCAUUAUCAUGCACAAUAUGAUAAUCGAAGACGAGAGACCAGAGGGGGAAGUCGAACACAUGCACGAGGGUGUUGGUGAGGAAGUGGUGCCGUCGCACACCGCAAAGGUAUGGUGA